AUGCUUAGCGGCGGUGCUUCGGACGGGGAAGACGACGAGUGGGAGGCUUGGGACGGCCUUCCCGAACCUCUCGCCGCGACGCGCGGUGAAUCCGCAGGGGUAUUAAGAACGGAAAAAAAAGGGUGGGACCAUGCGGCUCGUGUCGUAUACGAGGAGGAAUGGGAGGAUUACGAGUGGGAAGAACGGGAGGAGCGGGAGGAGCGGGAGGAUCGGGAGGAUUGGGAGAGAGAUGCGAAGAUCGUGCACGGCAAGGCAUGGGAGCGUAUGGAGGAAAGAUCGCUUGACUCUUACGAAAAUUUUCGAAGAAAGGGGAAGGAGUUGGCUGAUUGCGAGGAGGCUGCGGGGGGAAAGGAGAACGCGGAAACGUCUGGGGGAGAAUUAGGCGGGAAAGGCGGGAUAGAAGCGGGUGGGAGCGGCGGAGGGGGAGCGGGAGGGGGAGGGGGUGAAGAAGGGGGAUGGGAUGGUCAAGUAAGCGUCACGAUGGAUGGGGGGUUGGGGGAGGAGGGGUUAAGAGCGGUGGGAGGGAAGCGAGGGAAGGGGGCGGCGAAGAGAGUGCGACGCGCCACGGCAGAAGACAAGGUGAGAGGAAUAUUUAUGCAUCGCGUGCACCUGCUCUGCCUGCUCGCCCGUGCUCUAGCGCUCGACAGUGCCGCAGAUGACGCGCUCCUGCAGGCGGCCAUGCUAUCGCUAGCCCCACGACUCCUAUUGGAGGAGGCACAGGAAGCAGCAGCAUCGCACCAGGCUCCCUCCCUGCACCUGCUGCAGCAACUCACAUCCUGGGUCCGUCCGUCUGUCCAGCUAGUAACAGCACUCUCCCCCUCCCCUCUGAAACCCACCGCUCAGCUCCUAUCAGAAUUCGACCCUUCCUCCGACGCCCCCUACCCACGCACACCCGCCUCCCGCUCCCCCUCCCCAUUCACGCAUCGCACGCGCAUCCUCCCCCUCUCCUCCACCGCCCCCGCCGCUGCUCCCCCUGAUCCGCCCCAUGCACCUGGGCAUCAGUUGCUUCUGCGCCAUCAGGUGCGUGGUCCGUCUUCAGGUGCUGCUGCUGCCUUAAAUGGUGCGCGUUUUCCCAAGGGACGCACUGCUGUUGCUACCAUUGCUGCCGCUGCUGCUGCUGGUGCUGCUGCUGGUGCUGCUGCUGGUGGUGUUGCUGCUUCUCCUGCUGCAUUUCCUGGUGGUGCCACACUCGCUAUUCCGGUUGCUGAUUGUGACCGUACUGCUGGUGCAGCUGAUAGUGCUGGUGUUGCUGCUGGUGGGAGGGGCAGGAGAGGGAAAAGAGCGGGAACGAGUGGGACAGGUGGGGCUCGGAGUACAAGGCUGGCAGUAGGAGUAGGAGAGGGUGUUAUUAUCUGCCGGAAGGGUGCAUCUGCUGAUGCGCCAGAUGAAGCAGAAGAGGCAGAAACGGCACAGAUACGCAGUGGUGGUGGCAUCCGUGGCAUAAGAGGCAGGGACAGGGGCAGGGGCAGUCGUGACAGUAGUGGUGGUGGUGGUGGUAGUAGUGGAGGUGAUUCUAAAGAACCGGUAGGUGGAGAGGAGGAAGCAGCAGAGGAGAGUGGGGGGGGUGGUAGGGGCGAGAGAGGUGGUGGAGGCAGGGGAAGAGGAAAGGGGAGAGGACGGGGAGGGAGAGGGAGUGUGGUGGGGAAGAGGAGGCGUGGGAAGGAAGAGGAAGAGGAGGACAGGGGGAAGAGUGGGGAAAGAGAGAAGGACGGGACGGGGGUAGGGCGAGUGACGAGGCUAAGGGUAAAGAAGGAGAAGGAUGUGGGGUGUGAUCAGAGCGCGGAUGAGAAGCGAAUGGGUGGUAAAUGUAAAGGAGCAAACAGGAGUGUCAGCAGCAGGAACGGUAAAAGCAGCGGCGGCGGUGCAGUGGUGUGGUCGCGCCAGUUUGCCUCAGCGUCGCACUGGGCUGAGGUGUUUGUGAGUGGCAGGAAGAGAUGCCAGGCGGAUGGCUCUGAGAGCAGCAGUGUUGUUGGGGCGGAGAAGAAGGGGGGUGCUGGAAGGAUGGGUGGGAGGGCCAUUGGUGGGAGGAGAGGUGGGAAUUCACAUGCUGGUAGUGGCGCUGCUGCUGCUGCUGCUGGUUCUGGUUCUGGUUCUGGUUCUGGUUCUGGUUCUGGUUCUGGUUCUGGUUCUGGUUCUGGUUCUGGUGCUGGUGCUGGUUCUGGUUCUGGUGCUGGUGCUGGUUCUGGUUCUGGUGCUGGUGCUGGUGCUGGUGCUGGUUCUGGUUCUGGUUCUGGUGCUGGUUCUGGUUCUGGUGCUGGUGCUGGUGCUGGUUCUGGUUCUGGUUCUGGUGCUGGUGCUGGUGCUGGUGCUGGUUCUGGUUCUGGUGCUGGUUCUGGUUCUGGUGCUGGUGCUGGUUCUGGUUCUGGUUCUGGUGCUGGUGCUGGUUCUGGUUCUGGUGCUGGUGCUGGUAGUGUGGGGCGGUGGGUGCAUGUGGAUGGGGGGAGGGGGGUGGUGGACGGAGAGGACAAAGUGGAGGGCUUGUUGAUGGGCAUGUCCCAGCCUCUCACAUAUGUGGUUGGCUUGGCGGGUGGUGGAGCCAAGGACGUCACUAGACGCUACGCUGCACGCUGGUCCCUGGUCUCGCCUCUCAGGGACGAAUCUUGCUACGCUGCACGCUGGUCACUGAUCUCGCCUCUCAGGGACGAAGCCUGGUGGGCGUCCACCCUGUCCCCCCUGCGAUCACUAGAAGCUGCCUCCACUGCUGCCAACCGCUUCCUCCCUCCUCCUCCCGCUCCUCCUGCUCUUCCUCCUGCUCUUCCUCUUCCUCCUCCUGCUCCUGCUUCUGCUCCUUCUCCUCCUACUGCGCUCCCCUCCUCUUCCAUCCCACCGGUUCCAGCACCUCUAACUCCCCCAAUCACCCAGGCUAACCCCUCAGCACCGUCCUCUGUAACCCCACCACUCUCAGCCCCAGCCCCUAUCCUCGCCUCCGCCCCGUCUCCCUCCUCUGUGACUCCCCUGCCGGUUUCCAUGGCCUUGUCUGGCCUGCGGCCCUCUGCUGCUGCCUCCUCCGGCCUUGCAGGGUGUUCUGCUACAAGUGCGAGUGCAGGUGCGAGUGCAGGUGCAGCAGAGAGGGUUACGGCAGCAACAGCAGCAACUGCACCAGCAGCAGCAGCAGCAGCAGCAGCAGCAGCAGCAGCAGCAGCAGCAGCAGCAGCAGCAGCAGCAGCACGAGCAGCAGCGUGGGACGAGCGGGCAGCAGCGGAGGACAUGGAGAUGGACGUGAAGCAGCUCACAGAACCGCUGCCGUCCAACCAGCAGGCAUACCGCAGCCAUCCUCUAUACGUGUUGGAGCGGUGGCUGGGAGCGUACCAGUGUCUGCGACCCAGGGGCCCCGUGCUGGGGGUGUGUGGCGGGGAGGCGGUGUUCCCCCGCGCGUGCGUGCAGCAGCUGAGGUCGCGGCACCAGUGGUUGAAAGAGGGCAGGCGCGUGCGUGACGGGGAGACGCCUGUCAAGACACUCACACGCAAGCCCCCGACUCCUCGCGCCGUCCACCACCGCAACCCCUACCAGUCACGCACCCACAUUCUGCCCCACGAGUGCUUUCCCUCCCACGUCGCUGCUCGUAUGCGUGCCACUGCCCGUGCUAGUGCUGCUGGAGGUGCUGGUGGUAGUAAUGGUGGGCGGAUGGGUGGUGCAGGAUCAACUGCUGCUGAGGAUGAGGAUGCAGCAGCAGCAGCCGUUGGAUCAAUGGACGGAAGAGGAGGAGCAGCAGCAGGAGCAGGAAGGGCAACGGGUGACGAACCUUCCUCCUCCUCCUCAUCAUUCACAAUCACCAUUGAGCUCUUUGGCGAAUGGCAGACUGACACCUGGCGCCCGCCGCCCGCAGUGGACGGCCGGAUUCCCAAGAACGAGCGGGGGCAGGUGGAGGUGUGGUCGGAGAAAUGCCUCCCUCCCGGCACUGUUCACCUGCGGUUACCGCGUCUUGUAACGGUGGUGCAGCGGCUGGGGUUUGACUUUGCGCCGGCCGUGGUGGGGUUUGAGUGGAAGGGGGGCAAGGCGACGCCGAAGUAUGAAGGGCUGGUGGUGUGUGCAGAGCACGCCGAUACUAUAGUGGAUGCGUACACAGCAGAGGAGCAGCGGCAGCAGGAGCUGGCGCUACAGCGGCGGCGCAAUGCGGCAUUGGAGCGAUGGCAUGUGCUCAUAGGGGCCAUGAUCACACGCCAGAGGCUGCAGGAUACCUAUGAAGCUGCUGCUGCUGCUAAUGACAGUGGUGGUGGUGCUGCUGGCGGUGGUGGUGGUGGUGCUGGCGGUGCUGCUGGUGAUGAUGGUGGUGAUGGUGUUGCUGCUGCUGUUGGUGUGGGUGCUAUGGACGGUGAAGGGAGCAAGAUUGGCGGGUUUCGGAGGGAAGGGGUGGAGCGAUUGGAAAUUGGAUGUGCGGUGGAGGGGGAGGAGGAAGGGGAGGAAGAGGACGACAACGAGGAAGAAAUGAGUGAGGGGGGAAGGGAAGAGGAGGAAGGAGAAGAGGAGGAAGGGGAGGAGGAGGGCAAGGGUGCGGGUGGUGAGAGGCGGGUGAGAGCAGGGCACGUGCAUGAGUUCGAAGUGGUGUGUGUGGAGGGAGGGAAUCUCAGUGGAGGGAAUCAGGGUGCUUCUGGUGGGGAUGAUGGUUGGGUUGAUGGCGCGGUGGGUGGUGGUGUGGGAGGUGUCGAGUGUCCUCGUGUGCCUAUUCCCCUCUCUCCCUUGCUCCGCGCUCUGCUCGACAUGCGCUCUGUCCACUCCCGUGACGAUCUCCCCCCGGCGUCGCGUGCGCCCCUCCCCCCGGCGUCGCGUGCGCCCUUCCCCCCGGCGUCGCGUGCGCCCUUCCCCUCGGCGUCGAGUGCGCCCUUCCCCCCGGCGUCGCGUGCGCUCUUCCCCUCGGCGUCGCGUGCGCCCUUCCCCCCGGCGUUGCGUUCGCCCUUCCCCGCCCUGUCCUAUCCCCUCACCCCGCCCUGUCCUAUCCCCUCACCCCGCCCUGUCCUAUCCCCUCACCCCGCCCUGUCCUAUCCCCUCACCCCGCCCUGUCCUAUCCCCUCACCCCGCCCUGUCCUAUCCCCUCACCCCGCCCUGUCCUAUCCCCUCACCCCGCCCUGUCCUAUCCCCUCACCCCGCCCUGUCCUAUCCCCUCACCCCGGCCUGUCCUCAAGCAUGCGAGGGGCCUUGCGUAUACGCGUGGGGGGGACUCUACCCUCCAGGUUUGUCGUACCAUAG